UCUAAACCCUGGAAUUCUGUGGAAAGAAAUCACAUGACGCAGUUAAUGUGAUUAGACGGUAUGCUUCUCUGCCGGUCCUCAGAGUAGUAGUGUGCAGGGAGGCAGUUAGGAGGAAGAUAGUGGCAGUAGUUCAUCCAACCUCACUGUAGAUGUUCACCAUGGGAGAGUUUCAACAUCAGCUGCUCACUCUCUUUGGGGGCCUAAUUUGUCUGUGUGCACUUUUGAAAAGCGUUAGAUUUUUGAAGUAUUUUUUCCCGCGUGUAUGGAGCGCUUUGCCUCAGUCUUUCUUUCGCUCAAUGGGAGAAUGGGCAGUAAUCACAGGAGCAGGAGACGGAAUAGGAAAAGCAUAUUGCUUUGAGCUGGCAAGACGUGGGCUAAAUAUUGCUAUGAUAAGUAGAACACUUGAAAAACUGCAGAAAGUGGCUACUGAAAUUGAGCAGGCCACAGGUAGAAAGGUGAAGGUCAUACAAGCUGACUUUACAAAAGAUUAUGUGUAUGAGGCUAUUGAAGAAAGUCUUCAAGGCUUGGAAAUUGGAAUUUUGGUUAACAAUGUUGGAAUGCUUCAUAAUCCUGUUCCAUGCCGAUUCCUUAAUGGACCAGACAUAGCUGAGAACCUCAUCAACUGCAACAUUAUCUCCGUUACCAAGAUGACAAGGAUAAUUUUGAAGCAAAUGGAGCCAAGACAAAAAGGACUUAUUCUGAACCUUUCUUCUGGUUUGGGCACCUUUCCUUGUCCAUUGUAUACUUUAUAUUCAGCUUCUAAAGCUUAUAUAUGCACAUUUUCCAAAGCACUUCAAGCAGAGUAUAAGAAAAAGGGAAUUAUCAUACAGGUGGUGACUCCAUAUGGUGUGUCUACUCCGAUGACCAAGUACCAAAAACCAAAUGUAAUAAUGAAGACUGCGGAGGAAUAUGUUAAAGAAUCACUGGAGUAUGUCACCUUUGGAGAUGAGAUAUUUGGUUGUUUAUCCCAUGAAAUCUUGGCCUGCGUCCUGCAGCUCAUUCCCUUAUGGAUAUUCCACAGCAAGAGAUUUCAAGAGGUAGUCCUGCACGCAUUUACAAGUUAUCUGAAGAACAGCUGGAGGAGCUACUAACAAAGUUAUCCUUUUGGAAUAUGUGCAAUGGAGAAUCCUAGCUUUGCAUAAUUUAUGUUUCUGGGCCAAAUUAGUCUCUGAUUUAAGUCCACCAAAGUAAUAUUGGCCCAAUGUGCUGACUGAAGAAUUUAUAAGGGCCUGAUUCAAAAUCCACUAAAGUCAGUGGGAGUCUUUCUAGUAGCUUCAGUGGACAUUUGAUCAGGCUAUAAGAGCUUAUGUUGCUGCUGCUCUCUGCUGAGCUUGCAUACAGUGGAUAUAUGAAGCUGUUUGAUGUUUACUAAUAAAAUGAUA